AUGAACCCAACCAAAUUUGCCGGCGCCACCCAUCGGCCAACAACAAAGAACAACAAGAGAAACCCUCAUUCUAAAACUACCAAUGUAUUUAACAGCGGAGAUCUUGCACAGACUCCCAGGCAAAUCACUCGUCCAGUGCAAGUACGUGUGCUCGUCUUGGCGUUGCUGGCUCCUAAACCCUCACUUCACCAAACCCCUACUCCCACGAAGACGUGGCUGCCUCUUGAUCCGUGGCUUCACCGACCUCACAGACCCUCGCACCAGCGGCACCUUCUUGAUCGAUCUCGACAAGAAAGACUACUCGAAGCCAAACGUCGAGAUUGCACUGAAGCUUCCGAGGGAUCCGAACCCCCCACCUGUUGGUUUGAUAUAUCAAAUUCCAUUACCGGUGAGUCUUUAGCUCUUCCUACAAUGCCUACCAAACCGACACGUAAACGGAGCCAUAUGCAGAUAAUUUCCGGGCUAGGGUUUUGUCCCUUCCGCCGUGUCUAUAAAGUACUGUGUACCUUUCCAAUAAAAGGUUCUAGUGAUGAAGAGGAGGCAAUGGUUUUGACAGUUGGGCUGCGGAUCAGUUGGAGAAGCAUUGGGCAUUAUAAAGGCACGGCUGCUGGGAAAACACAAAAGCGUAUGAUUUAUCUGAAUGGAUCCCUUCACUGGAUAAAUGAUUAUGGAAAAAGGACUAUUUCGAUAUGUGCCUUUGAUGUUGAGAGAGAGGUGUUCCAACAAUUACCAUCUUUUACAGUGGGAGCUCCCUUUUUGUGGGACUGUGAUCUUGGAGUUUUGAGAGGUUGGCUUUCCCUACUUGUUAACAUAAGCACUUCGACUAUUUAUGGGGACAUUAGUUUCUGGGUGAUGAACGAUUACGGUGUCAAGGAGUCUUGGACCAAAUAA